CUGGCCGGACAUCUGUGAGAGCGAAUUCACUUUCACAGUCCCGAAAUGUUCCCUGCAACACCUUCACGGAAAAUGGUUACGGGAUGAAGGAGAAACAAGAAACAAGCCCAUUCUAGCGGUUCAGAAGAAAAUCUAUCCUCGAGCCUAAAUACUACCUAGCCUUUCAGAAAUGGAUAGUCCACUACGUGGGGCUCCCCCCACUCCUCCACAGUCUCCUGCCCACUUUGACAUUGGCCUCUCCCGCGCCCCGCACAGUCCUUCCCAGCAGUCUCGGCGGUCACAGCUCAACGCUGCCAGCGGUGUUUCUAUGGCAACAGGGACCGACACGCCCAGCUCUCGCUCUCCACAGCCUUCUCCGCAGCACACUACAGGAGAGGGAGUUUCUGGAGAUAUUAAUAUACAAGAGCUGGAGGAGAGAGCCAGAGCAGGAGAUGCUAAGGCACAGACUGAGAUGGGGAGAUACUACCUGCGAUUGGCCGAGCAGGAGGAGGACGAGGUGAACAGCGUCACCGCGGUGUCGUGGCUUCUGCAGGCGGUGAAAAAUGGGCGAAGAGAUGCGGUGAAGCUUCUGCAGCGAUGUCUCAACGAGGGGAAGGGCAUCACUGCUGAGAACAGGGAGGAGGUGCGCAGUCUUGCUCUGGAGUCUCGCUUUGAGAGGAGUGUGAGGAAGGCGGCUCUGCUCAUGUACUGGAAACUGAACCCAGAGCGGAAGAGCAACAUCACCGCCACCGAGCUACUGGACAAUGCUGACCACAUUAACACUGAGACAGAUGGCCCCGCUCCCCAGGGGCCUCUCUCCACUUCCGCUCUACGACAGAAGAAAGUGCUAGAAGGCCUCAUCUCCACUGAAUCUGGUCAGUGUGUGCGUGUGGAGGACUUUGUAGAGAACACUAAGCGCUACGCACUGGGCGUCGCCCCCUCACCAGCCUUAGACGGUGCCACAGGAGUGGACGACGAUGAUGACGAAGAGCCGGUGAAGAACCCAGACGAGCUGCCCCUGCACCAGAAGGUGUUGAAGUUCCCGCUGCAUGCGGUGCUGGAGAUCAAGGAGGUGCUGAUCGAGUGGGCGUCGCGCGCGGGCAUGCAGUGGCUCAGCGCGCUCAUCCCCACGCACCACGUCAAUGCGCUGGUCUUCUUCUUCAUCAUUUCCAACCUGACGCUGGACUUCUUCCUGCUGGCCGUGCCGCUGGUGGUCUUCUACCUGGCCUUCGCCUCCAUGGCCAUCUGCACGCUGCGCGUCUUCCAGGACAGCCGCGGCUGGGACAACUUCCGGGCGCUCACGGCGCUGCUGGCGCGCUUCGAGCCGGGCCUGGACGUGGAGCAGGCCGAGUCCAACUUCAGCUGGAGCCACCUGGAGCCGCACCUCUACUUCCUGCUCUCCGCCUUCUUCCUGGUGCUGGCCUUCCCGCUGGCCGACGGGGCCUGGGUGCCGUGCGCGGAGCUGGCGGCCGUGGCCAUCUUCUUCACGGUCAGCAGCUACUUGAGCCUACAGCCCGUCGCGCAGCCCCCCGCCCGCCACGCGCUGCUGACCCAAGCCGCCAUCGCCCUGUGCACGCUGACCGACAAGCAGCUGGGCGGUUGGCUGGGGAGGCUGGUGGGCGGGGCCUGGUUGAGUGUGCCGCUGGGCGAUUGGGCGACGCUGAACCUGGGCGUGCCCUGCCUGCUGUACGGGUACCUUCUGAGCGUGUGCGGCCGCAUGGUCUCCCUGCGCGGGUUCCGCGGGUUCUACUGCGUCCUGCUGCCUUACCUGCUCUGCUUCGUGUGGGCCGAGCUGGCCGGCACCCUUCUGGAACAUUCCUCGCCCAUUGGCCUGAUGCGCACCUGCGUGGGCUACCUGCUCUUCGUCUUCGCGCUGCCCGUGCUGGCCCUCGGCAUAGUGGCGGCCGCCGCCGUGCAGCUGGCCCAGUGGUUCCUGUCGCUGGACGUGGCCAAGAUGUGCGUGACGGUGUGCGUGCUCGCCUGCCCCGUGCUGCUGCGCUGGUGGACGCGCUUCAGCAUGUCGCCGCUGGCCGUGCUGCGGUCACUGCGGCGCAGCAGCCUGGUCAAGCUCAUCCUGGUGUGGAUCAGCGCGCUGGUGCUCUUCUGCUGGCUCUAUGUGUUCCGCAGCGAGGGCAUGAAGGUCUACAACUCCACGCUCAGCUGGCAGCAGUACGGCGAGAUCUGCGGACCCAGGGCGUGGCGUGACAGCAGCAUGGCCCAGACGCAGGUCCUGUGCAGCCACCUGGAAGGCCACCGGGUCACCUGGACCGGCCGCUUCCGCUACGUGCGCGUCACCGACCUGGAGAACGGCGCACAGGCACUGGUCAACAUGCUCCCGGGCCCCGUGGCUGACUGGCUGCGCUGUUUCUACGGCGACGAGUACCCGCCGUGCGAGGAGCCGGCGCCCCCGCGCCCCGUCCCGGCCGACUCGCCACCGCCCGACCCGCUGUGCCGCAUCAAGCCCCUCGCCAAGCACCCCUGCCACCUCAAGCGCUACGACCGCCUCAAGAUGGAGGUGACCGUGGGGAUGCCGCGCGGAGGCGGAGAGGGCAGCAGUAACGGCGGUGCGGGCAGCGAGGACGACGCCACCAAGGACAUCGUGUUGCGGGCGAGCGACGAGUUCCGCGCGGUCCUGCUGGCGCUGCGCUCGGGCAGCCUGCUGGAGUUCAGCACGGUGCUGGAGGGCCGGCUGGGCAGCAAGUGGCCGGUGUUCGAGCUGAAGGCGCUGCGCUGCCUCAACUGCGACGGCGUGGCCCACCCGACGGUGCCCGCCGGCCGGCAGCUCAAGCUGGAGCAGGACUGGCGCGCCCGCCUGCGCCACGCCCUGGCCUUCGCCUUCCACUUCCUCUUCCACCCGCUCUUCUCCGUCCGCGCCGACCACGCCGAGGGCCACUCCGGCACCGUGACCACCGAGCUGCAGGCGUAACGGUCGAGUCGGGUGGGGUCGGAGUGGGGCGAGGGUGGUUGUCAGGGAACACCCUUUUUAAAGGUUUGGAAAGACAGUGAAAAUGUGAAACCCAGUGCAAUCUCACUACAGUGUGCUGGCAGCAGAUAUUCAGUGUUAAAUACAGUGGCAGCACUGCUGUGUGUGUGUGUGUGUGUGUGUGUGUGUGUGUGUGUGUGUGUCCGCAUCUCUCUGCAAGAAAUCAAGAGAGAAUGGCAUUGUGAUGGCAGUGACUUGCUGCAGUAGCUUAUAAUGUUAUUCAAUUAAUAUACAAUCAAUGAAGAAUUCAGUGUAUGUCCGCCUUGAAACUAAGAAUGUGUGUGUGUGUGUGUGUUGUGUCUGUGUGUGUGUGUGUGUGUGUGUGUGUGUGUGUGUUUAUGAGUGAGAGUGAGUUAAAUUGACUGGUUUAGUCAAUGGUCUGAUCCUACCAAAGAGUUAGGGACCUUGUGCCUUUAAUAUACAGGCUAGGUAUACUGAACGGUACAAUAAUACUGGUGGUUUUCAUGUUUCUGUGUUUCAUAGGGUAUGAUAAGUAUUCUAAUAAUUAUGUUUUAUUAGAGAUUAGUAGGGUGGUGUGGAACCUGGAUUUGAACAGUUCAGAGUUGUUUAUUUGUUUUGAGGUUUCAACCACUGCAUUGACCUAGAAAGUAACUAUAGACGGAGAGCAUUAGCCAUUAUCUGGAAGGGUUGCAUCAGAUAGCAGAACAUCCAGAUCUAGAUUGGAUCUAGAUCAUGCUUAGAACAGAUCUGGGUCAUAUCUCGGCCAGAUUCAUCUGUUGUUUUUGCAGGUAGUUAAAACAGGAAAGGAGGUGUUGAGCAGAGAUUUGUCAUGUUUAUCAUCAGGAAACGUACACUUCCCUUCAAACACUCAACACACUACAGUCAACAGACACACACACACACACACACACACACACACACACACACACACACACACACACACACACACUCAAAUUAAUCUAUGAGCUGGACUCUAACCUCAUGAUUGCUUAUUUGGUGGGGCCAUCUUUACAGAAUGUGAUGGCAUUGCUUUGAUCCUGCAAUGUGACCAAUAAAAACAGCCAUUUGGGA